AAAGCGCCCUCAAGAUUUAGUGGAAAACCUGAUCCGAAAUUUAGUGCACCUAUAACUAACGUUACAGUACCUGUUGGAAGAGAUGCAAUUCUAACGUGUUUGGUUCAUGAGUUGGUGGCAUAUAAGGUCGCCUGGCUUCGUGUGGAUACCCAAACAAUCCUCACAAUUCAAAACCACGUUAUUACGAAAAAUCACCGCAUCGGUAUCAGUCAUACCGAACAUCGAAUAUGGCAGUUGCGUAUCCGAGAAGUUAGUGAAUCCGAUCGCGGAUGGUAUAUGUGCCAAAUCAACACCGAUCCUAUGAAGAGUCAGGUCGGAUAUUUGGAUGUAGUCGUUUCUCCAGAUAUUAUAGACUAUCAAACAAGCCAUGAUAUUGCUGUGCAAGAGGGUCAUAAUGUGACUUUUGUAUGCACUGCCUCUGGUCUUCCAACACCAGUGAUAACAUGGCGACGUGAAAAAGAGGCUCCGCUUAUUACCACCACCGGUGGGAGAAAGAUCUUCAGUGUAGAAGGACCGAAUCUAACUAUCUGUAAUGUGAAUCGUCAUCAUAUGGGAGCAUAUCUUUGUAUAGCAUCAAAUGGUGUCCCACCAACUGUUAGUAAAAGGGUUUUACUAAUUGUCAACUUUGCUCCAAAACUCUGGUCACGUUAUGAUAGAAUUUACGCUGCAAUCGGACAACGUGUGAUCUUGGAAUGCAUUUCUGAAUCACAUCCUUUAUCAAUUAACUAUUGGCUUAAAGAUAAGGAAUUCGUUCAGGGUGGAACUUAUGAGCUCGAUACUUUGGAUAAUGUGCAUAAGAUUGUAAUGCGUCUCACUGUACGGCCGGCUAAAGUAAAAGAAUUCGGUGAAUACAAAUGCGUUUCGAAGAAUCUUUUUGGUGAAACUGAGAGGACAACAUAUUUAUAUCAUAAAUCGAAAAUGAAUUCAAAUGAACUUAAAAGAACUAAUCUAGAAGAUAAUGAUUUUAUACUUGUUGAAGAUAUCUUAUCAAGAAAUUCUGGGUUAGAUCAAAAACUGCACAUGAUGGAAGGCUUUAUUAACAUAAUUGCUAUAUUUCUUAUUAAUAAUUCUAAAUUACUGUAAAAUAAUGACGCUUGAAGAAAAAAUUGAAUAAAGUACAA